UUCGGAAAUGGUAGCUUGAUAUUUUCCUAUAAAGGCAGGGGUAGGAAAGGGGAUUUUUUUUUCUUAUGUAGAGGGAAAGAGCGCCGCCUUGCAGCUCCAGAGCACAGGAUAUUGCUAUUAACUCCUUCAGCUGUUGCCUUUUGCCACCCAGUGAAGAAAUUGAAUUAGCUUUCCCAAUUCUGGUAGAAGAAGAGCCAUGGACCUGCAGCAAAUUGUACAGAAGCUGCAACAGGAACUAACCUGUUCCAUUUGUUUCAAGAGUUUCUUAAAUCCGACAACGCUUGCCUGCGGGCACAAUUUCUGCCAUGCCUGCCUUGUGAGUUACUGGAGCCAAUUUCCCAUCGAGACUGCUUGCCCUCAGUGUCAGGAGAAAAUUCCUCAACUGAGCUUUAUACCAAAUGUCCAGCUGAUGAAUAUUACAAAACUGGUCAAAAAAUUGAGCGUCGAUAUAAAGCAAAUCGCAACCGAGGGCCAUGUGUGUAAGAAGCACCCUCCAACUCUCCAGGCUUUCUGCAAGAAUGAGCUUGUCCUCUUCUGUUCGAUGUGUGACUUAUCUCAGGAGCAUCUGACUCAUGAUGUUAUCCCUGUGGCUGAAGCUGCCCAAGAGUACAAGGGCCAUUUGUUAAACGUCAUGGGGACUUUAAAGAAAGAGAAAAGAAAGAUUUCAAAACAUCAAUCGGACGAAGGAACCCAAGCUGUGUCCCUAAUUCGUCAAAUAGAUCAAGAGAGGCGAUUUGUCAUGGCUGAAUUUAACGCAAUACGCCGAUUUUUGCAAGAACAAGAGAACUUUCUGCUGCUUAAAGUGCUGGAAGGCUUAGAGAAGGGGAUGCUGUGGGAAAAGGCUAAGCAUGCAGCCACCUUAUUCCGGGAAGUCUCAGCUUUCGAUGAACUUAUCCACACAGUCAAAGAGAAGUGCCAACAAUCAGCAGUUGAGCUUCUGCAGGAUGUGGGAAGCACUCUUACGAGGUGCAAGCAAGCACUUGUGGAUCCAGUAACGCUUCCUCCGUGGGUGAAAUUGGGAGUCUGCGAUUUAUAUGACUUCAAUACUUUUCUAGGGACUCUCAUGAAACAAUUCAAAGAUACCCUGCUAUCUGGAUAUCAGAUUCAGAAAGGAAAUGUGACUCUGGAUCCUGACACAGCUCAUCCCAAGCUCAUUCUCUCAGAAGAUCUUAAAAGCUGCUGGUUGGGCAGAAAAAGCCAAAAGCUCGUCAUGGACGACAAGAGAUUUGACCUCAUGAUGUGUGUGUUGGGACGCGAAAUGUUUGUCACCGGCAGGCAUUUCUGGGAAGUUGCUGUGGAAAAUGAGGGCGACUGGGCGGUCGGAGUUGCCCGACGUUCAGUGAAGAGAAAGGGUGUUCAGGCCUUUCGUUACAUGGAAGGGAUCUGGGCAGUGGCAAAGUGUUGUCACCGCAUGUGGGUGCACAUGAACCCCCCGGUUUUAGUGUCUGGGCCGAUGCAGUGGCAGAUCAAGAAGAUUCGAGUCUCUCUGAACUACCAUGGAGGCCGGGUGGCUUUUUGUGAUGGCGAAAGAGGAAACCUGCUCCAUUCCUUCUCGGGAAUCUCGUUUGCUGGAGAACCCAUUUGCCCUUUCUUUUGGAUUGAGAAGAAAACCCGUCUCUCGCUUUGCCCCUAAGGCAGAAAAUCCAUCACCGGAUCCUUCUGUCUCUAGAUCUCUGGGGCCUCUUUCUUAGUAUCAGUUUCCCUUUAUCUCCAUUCUUCCUCUUCAUCUCA